AUGGCGGAGGCGAAUGUCAUUGAAAGGGGAAGAUGGAAGUUUGCAGCAAAUUACAAUCAUAAUGAUGGGUGCUUACCUCAGGAAUUAACAACCGAAAUCUUGCUUCGACUACCGACAAAAUCAUUGGUAAGAUUCAAACUAGUUAGCAAAUUAUGGAGUUUUUUAAUCUCAAACCCUAAUUUCAUCAAGUCUCAUUCACUAAACCCAAACAAUAUGCCCUUAACCUUGUUAUAUGAUUCAAAAUAUCGUCUGCUUAAGUCCGUUUCUCUUGGUAAAAGGGACGAAAACUUAAACUUAAACCCGACUGUGCUAGAAGUAAACCCUUGUUUCCUCUACAUUGAAGAAUAUCUAUACGACGGCAUACUUGGAUCAUGUCAUGGGCUUAUAUGCACGUACUCUAAUCAAACAAAACUUAUCUACCUUUGUAACCCCCUGACCAAAGAAACCAAGGAAAUAUCAUUCCCAAACCCUAAAAUCAUAUCCUAUGACUGCAAAGACAUUAGAAAUAUGUCAUGGUUUGACUUUGUUCCUUCUAUCAAUGACUACAAGAUAUUGUUAGUAUUUGGAACACGAACAUCAAACCUAAGAAUCCAUGUAUACUCAAUGAAGGAUAAUAAAUGGAGAGAAUUAAAUACUAGUGAUUUUAAGUCCCUUGUUAUUACUGGAGGAUACAUAGGGUGGGAAAGGAAUGUGGCUCUAAUCAAUGAGAAAUUGCAUUUUGUUUGUUUCAACUUUAAUCAUCGAACACAGUUUAUAGCUAAGUUUGAUCUAGUACAAGACAUUUUCGAGUUGAUGCCGAUUAUUUUGAAUGAUAAUAAUAACAAUUAUCGUUAUUGUUAUGGAGAAUUCGUUGAUAUUGUUCAAGGCACAAUUAGUAUUCACGGUCGUGGACGUUACAUUCUUCCCGGAGGGUCGUGGGUGAUGGAGGCUUGGAAGUUAGAGAAAUUGUUUAGCCUCGAGUUAUCGGGUUUUCCAAUAGGAUUCACAUCUUGUGGGGGAUUAAUUUUGAGAAGACCAAAUCCCGAUGAUAAUCAUGAGUAUGAGCUUGUGUUUGUCGACCUGACUCAAAAUCCACCUAGUCAAAUACAACUCGGAAGAUCAGAGCGUGCUCGUUACAUGUUGGAUUAUGUGGAAACUCUUGUUUCUCCUUUUUCUUUGCCUUAG